AGGAGAGGCUCUUGGCUGCCAGAUUCAGCUAGAAAGGAACCAGUCCCAGUCCAGUCACAACUUGGGAGUGGGGAGCAGGUGGCAGCCAGGACUCCUGGAGACCUGCCAUCCUUGGGACCUGGGACGGAGGGAGUCAAGACACAGCGAGUCAGGACACAGACCCGGCAGGAGCAGGACGGGAGACUGGAGGAGAGAACCUGGACUGAGAGGGGAGAGGGGGAGGAAGAGGAAGAGAGGCAGGAUCAGAGAGCCUGGCACACAGAGGAGCGGGCGAGGAAGGAGAGAGUUGGGAAAGAAACCCAAGAGAAGGAGAGAGAGGUGGGGGGAGAGGGAGAGAGAGAGAGAGACCAAGAACGGGACUGACUACUAAGCAGAGGCUGAUGGCUGAGGAAACGAAAAGGGAGGUUCUGGGACUGAAACCAAAAGGUGACCUUAUCAGGGAAGCAGAGGAGAGGCCACUCCAGAGAAACCCAGCUCCAGCUCUGGCCCUGGCUCCAGCAGGGCUCAUGAAGGGAGACAAGUGCGAGGAGCCGGGGCCAGACCCCAAGCCCGCGGCGGCCCCCCUGCAGCCCACGGAGGAGGAGGAGGCCCUGAUCGAGUUCCACCGCUCCUACCGAGACCUGUUCCAGUUCUUCUGCAACAACACCACCAUCCACGGCGCCAUCCGCCUGGUGUGCUCCCAGCACAACCGCAUGAAGACAGCCUUCUGGGCCGUGCUCUGGCUCUGCACCUUCGGCAUGAUGUACUGGCAGUUCGCCCUGCUGUUCGAAGAGUACUUCAGCUACCCUGUCAGCCUCAACAUCAACCUCAACUCCGACAAGCUUGUCUUCCCCGCCGUUACCGUCUGCACCCUCAAUCCCUACAGGUACACGCAAAUGAAAGGGGAUCUGGAGGAGCUGGACCGCAUCACGGAGCAGACGCUCUCCGACUUGUACAAAUACAACUCCUUCAACACCCUCGGGAGCCACCCCCGCGGCCGCCGCGGCCUCCGGGAGACCCUGCCGCACCCCCUGCAGCUCCUGUGUAACCAGAACAAAUCCGACUGCUUCUACCAGACAUACUCAUCAGGGGUGGAUGCGGUGAGGGAGUGGUACCGCUUCCACUACAUCAACAUUCUGUCGAGACUGCCAGAUUCCUUCACAUCCCUGGAGGAGGACAAGCUGGGCAACUUCAUCUUCAGCUGUCGCUUUAACCAGGCCUCCUGCAGCCAGGCGAAUUACUCUCACUUCCACCACCCGAUAUAUGGAAACUGCUACACUUUCAAUGGCGAGAACAACUCCAACCUCUGGAUGUCUUCUAUGCCUGGGGUCAACAAUGGUCUGUCCCUGACACUGCGCACAGAGCAGAAUGACUUCAUCCCGCUGCUGUCCACAGUGACUGGGGCCAGGGUAACGGUGCACGGGCAGGAUGAGCCUGCCUUUAUGGAUGAUGGUGGCUUUAACUUGCGGCCUGGUGUGGAGACCUCCAUCAGCAUGAGGAAGGAAACCCUGGACAGACUUGGGGGCAACUAUGGAGACUGUACCUAUAAUGGCAGUGACGUACCUGUCAAGAACCUUUACCAUUCCAAGUACACACAGCAGGUGUGUAUUCACUCUUGCUUCCAGGAGAGCAUGGUCAAGGAGUGUGGCUGUGCCUACAUCUUCUACCCACGGCCCAAGCAUGUGGAGUACUGUGACUACAAGAAGCAUGAUUCCUGGGGCUACUGCUACUAUAAGCUCCAGGGUGCCUUCUCCUCAGAUCGCCUGGGCUGUUUCACCAAGUGCCUGAAGCCGUGCAGUGUGACCAGUUACAAGCUCUCUGCAGGUUACUCGCGAUGGCCCUCAGUGACAUCCCAGGACUGGGUCUUCCGGAUGUUAUCCCUACAGAAUAAUUACACCAUCAAAAACAAGAGAAACGGAGUUGCCAAACUCAAUGUCUUCUUCAAGGAGCUGAACUACAAAACCAAUUCUGAGUCUCCCUCCGUCACGAUGGUCACCCUCCUGUCCAACCUGGGCAGCCAGUGGAGCCUGUGGUUCGGCUCCUCGGUGCUGUCUGUGGUGGAGAUGGCGGAGCUCAUCUUUGACCUCAUGGUCAUUACAUUCCUCAUGCUGCUCCGGAGGUUCAGAAGCCGAUACUGGUCUCCAGGCCGAGGGGGCAGAGGUGCCCAGGAGGUGGCCUCCACUCCAGCUUCCUCCCUCCCUUCCAGCGUUUGCCCCAAGCUCUCCUCCCUGGCCUCAUCCCUGCCAAGCCCUGAUACUUCCCCAACCUUGACUGCCCCUCCACCAGCCUAUGCCACCCUGGGCCCCUGCCCAGCUCCAUCCAGCUCGGCAGGGGCCAGCUCCUCUGUCUUCACUCUGGAGGAGCCCUGAGAGGAAACCUGAGAGGAAAGGAGGGUAUCAGCCCCCCGAGGCAAGCAGCUUCCCUUGGUGGGUGGGGACAAACCUUGGCAGGAUUAAGGAAUGUUUUGGGCUUGUUCUCAGCUGCCCCAACUGCCUUUGGUGUGGAGGAGGAAAGCAGGGUGAAUAAGGAGCUACAGAAAUUGCUUGGAAAACAGGAGCCACGGAAGCUGCCCAGAAUUGCCCUUGGCUCCUGCCCAGUACCCCCUGGUCCUGCCUCUAGAACCCUCUGGCUUCCUCAUCCAAGUGGAGAGAAAUCUCCUUUUCCCUUGGAUCAGCCAAGUCAGACUUGGAGCUUUGACAAGGAACUUUGCUAGGAAACAAAUGAAGACCAGAACAAAACACACAAGGGCACACAAAGGCAUGCCCAGGUCUCCUACCCAAGGAUGACUGAAGCCAGUUCUGACUGGCCCGGCCACACUGCUUUCCAGUGACACGGACGUUUGCUCCUCUUCUUGAAGUUGGGUGGGGAACCUCACCCAAAAGCCCCCUGAGUUAGUUCUUGGGCAAGUCCCCUUCCAUGACUCCCCAGAGUAGGGCUGGAGCAGACUAGUGCAGUAAAGGUUUGGUGUUUCCAGUUGGACCCACGACUCUUCCAGCCUCAUCUAUACCCCUCCCCCCCCCCCCCGCCCCCCCACAGCCCAUCCUAGCACUCUGCCUGUAUCCUUCACACCUCUGCAAGUCUCAAACUAUUUCCUAAACCUGGAAGCUUUCCCCACCAUUGGCUGGAGAACUCCUAUGCAUCCCUUAGAACCCUACACAGACACAACUACUUCUAUGAAGGCUUUUGCCCCAUCUUGUCUUCCCCAGAAUUGAUCACUCCCCUCUUCCCUGGACUCCCAUAGUGCACCAUAUCAUUGGUUGGAAUGCUGAUUUUGCAUUUUACUUUCCUGUUCAUUUGUGUCUGCCGCCCCAACUAGACUGUGAGCUCCUUGUGGUCAGGGACUGUUGUUCAUUUAUGUAACCUCAGGGUCUAGCCCAGUGUCCGACUUGGAGCAAGUAGGCAGGCACUCAAUAAAUAUUUGUUGCAUAA